AAUCACACUGCCGCUUGAGCCACCCAACAAAUCUAUGGCGGCUGCUCACUUCUGCUGGUUGUUCUAAGAGCGCAGCCAAUUGUCCUCAUCACGCAACGAAUGCAUGCACACUCACUCCCGACCGAGUGCUCACUCGAGUCGUCUAGUUAGCACCAUAGCUCCUCGCUGGAUGAGCGGCCAGCUGUACACGGUCCAGCUAACAGCGACAGCAGCAACAUCGGAGUUAGUUUCAGCGUCAACCUAGUGCAUCUCCCAUUUGAGUGACUUUACGGCGCUCGUAAAACCCGAGAGACUUCCCCCCUACCGUCACUUCUUGAGGCAUUCUUUACUCUCGCGAUUGUCCGGCCGUCAUGCUCUUGCGGGAGAUACUAGUUCUGGAUGUCUCUAAGAUCCAACUACAAGCCGCUAAGAUGCAGCAGCAGCUAAGUCCGAAGCGCGUUCCGAACCUCUUCGCCCUAGUGGCCGUCGUGUCGCUCAUAUUAAUCUCCGUUCUAUGUAGCUCAUUUUUGCAGCAGCGAUCGCAGGAUGAUCCUAACUGCUCCUGUCCGCACCUAGAGAAUCCCGACCUUCCCGCCGCCGCCGCCGCUUCCGCAGCUUCUCUAGCGGGAGACCUCGCUAGCACGAGGCGCGCUCUAGAAAACCAUGGAAUCUCCGCCACCGCCGCCACCGCCGCCGCCGUUCCCCCCGCUGCGGGAAUCCCGGAGGGUCCUCCCGCCGCGACGAUCGGAUCCGUCGCCGCGUUUUCCGGCGCAAGCGACGGCGGCGCGCCAAAUUCCGAGUCGGACAAAGCAGACGACACGCGGCCGUUUAUUUACGUGUACGACACGCAAUGGGCGUGGACGGAGAAUCUCAAGGGGCACUCGAAGGAGUGGUACUCGGACCAAUAUGACGUGGAAUCGGUCCUGACGGAGUUAAUUCUGCGGAGUAACGCGAUUCGGACGACGGAACCAGAAAAGGCGACGCUGUUUUACCUGCCGUACUAUUCGUCGAGCCACAUCGCGCACGUGAACAAGCUGCAGAAGAACAUGAUGCACAAGGCGGUCGGAGAGGUGUCUAAGGCGUGGUUCCAGAUACUAACUAUGAUUCGCCACGACUUCCCCUACUUCAACCGCACCAACGGCCGAGAUCACUUCAGCACGAUCACGUACGAUCACGGCCGUUGCCACGCGCUGCCGUGGGUGGAACCCGACCUGUACGGCGACAUGUUCUUUGUGAUGCUCAACGGCGACCGCCUCGCGCGCACCAUGCACUCGUCCGUUGAGCGAAACAUGCAGAUCAUAGGCUAUUCGUACAACAUGGAGGUUCAGACGCAGUUCCCAGACAUCCCCUGCUACAUGCCCGACCGAGACAUCGUUGUGCCCGCCUUCGUUGGCGACCAGGUGCCCUUUGCAUCUCCAUUCUCAGGUGAUCGCCGCAUGCGAGCCAUAUUCCGCUUUUCAGCGGAGCAAGGCCACAAGGCGCCCCUGGUGCACCACGGGCACAACCUCAGGAAAGAGCUUCUUGAUAUGUACAAGCCGCAGCGAGUCAGAGGGUGGAGCUUCGCAGCAAAGGGCGAGAAUGCAACCAACAAGGAGUGGCAGAAGGGCGUCUUCUGCAUCUGCCCGCCGGGGCACUCCCAGUGGACCAGCCGCCCAUUCAAGGCGCUGAUGUCAGGGUGCAUCCCAGUGACGUUCUUCAGAGAGCAUGACAACCCAUGGCAGGAUGAGCUGGACUACUCAUCCUUCUCCAUCAACAUUGAUCCCGACGACAUUGCUUCCAUGCGCUACCGCCUCGAGACCGCCCCUGUGGAGCAGCUGCAGAAGAACGUGGAGAAGGUCCAGUACAUGUUUAAAUGGUCACGAACGCACACAUGGGGAGCAGAGUAUAUGCUUCUAAAGAGACUACGGCAACGGGGAGCCCAGCUCUCCUCCACCUCGCUCUUCCUAAAAGACUAACUUGACGUCCCUUUAUAAGGCGCCUAAAAAUCGGCAAUGGGGAACACUACUCUCCUCCACCUCGCUCCUCCUAAAAAGCUUACUGGACGUCCUUUUUUAGGUGCUUAAAAAAAUGGUAACAGGGAGCCGAACUCUCCUGCACCUCGCUCAGCCGAACUUUCCUGCAGUGGACGUUUUUACAAGGGGGCUAGUAUCAAAGUUAACGAAUGACUAGAACCAUGGCAUACAAGGGAAUAUAACCUAGUGGGUUGUACUCUUUAAGGUACAUACAAGGAUAUGUUUGACAGACCCCCUAGAUUAGAUAGGGGCAGUGCUUGAUAAUAGUCAAGCAGCUCAGGGCAGGGUGGUACUAUUAGUCCAGCCUUUGAGGCACGGGUCUAGUGUCCAGUCAACUGAGUACAGACAAGGCAAGAGCAAAACCAGAAAGGCACAGCCAGUCCAGCCACUGGGAAGUGGCCACAAGGCCAGUCAGGGUAAUAUCUAUAAAGGUUUGUACACAACCAUGUUCCUAGCAAAUGAAAAGCUACAGGAACUAUCAACUUAUACGUAUUAGCAGGCCCCUAUAUA